CGUGAGCGAGUGCACAUGCACGGAUUACGCUAACUGUAUUCUAUCAUUUGCCUCUUAGCACUGACAAACAGACACACCGCAGACACGCACUCUCUUUGCUGCACAACAGACUUCCGGCCCUCACUCAUCGACUCUCUCUCUCUCUCUCUCCCCUACACUUACACGCUUCUUGCGUCUCUCAUCCACCCCCAUAGCGCUUUCUCUCACUUUCCCAAGAAAAUUUGCAGAGAGACAGUAAGCGGCGGCGAUGGGGGACCCCCUGGAGAAAUUGGGAUCCGAGACUGCCAUGGUUGGCCUCGAAUCCACCAUCAAGGAGGACCUCUGCAUGGAGAUCGACCCACCUUUUCGGGAGAGCGUGGCCUCUGCUGAGGACUGGCGGAGGGCUCUAAACAAGGUGGUUCCUGCCGUUGUUGUUCUGCGGACAACUGCUUGCCGCGCAUUUGAUACUGAGUCCGCUGGUGCUAGUUAUGCUACCGGGUUUGUGGUGGAUAAGCGUCGGGGAAUCAUUCUCACCAAUCGCCACGUCGUCAAGCCUGGACCUGUAGUUGCAGAGGCUAUGUUUCUAAACCGUGAGGAAAUUCCUGUGUAUCCUAUUUAUAGAGAUCCUGUUCAUGAUUUUGGCUUCUUCCGUUAUGAUCCUGGUGCAAUACAGUUCCUGAACUAUGAGGAAAUUCCUCUUGCCCCUGAGGCUGCCUGUGUUGGACUUGAAAUCAGGGUUGUUGGUAAUGAUAGUGGUGAGAAGGUUUCUAUUUUGGCUGGUACUCUUGCUCGUUUGGAUAGAGACGCACCUCACUACAAAAAGGAUGGGUAUAAUGAUUUCAAUACAUUCUACAUGCAAGCUGCAUCUGGGACUAAGGGUGGUUCAAGUGGUUCCCCAGUGAUUGAUUGGCAAGGCAGGGCAGUGGCCUUGAAUGCUGGCAGCAAGUCUUCUAGUGCUUCUGCAUUUUUCUUACCUUUAGAACAAGUUGUUAGAGCUCUAAGAUUUCUCCAGAAGGGAAGAGACUCUUAUACAAAUACAUGGGAGGCUGUGCAUAUACCUCGUGGUACGCUCCAGGUUACAUUUCUCCAUAAAGGAUUUGAUGAGACAAGGCGACUUGGUCUUCAAAGUGAAACUGAACAGAUGGUUCGGCAUGCAUCUCCACCAGGGGAAACUGGAAUGCUUGUUGUUGACUCUGUGGUGCCAGGUGGCCCAGCGCAUACACAGUUGGAGCCAGGUGAUGUGCUUAUUCGUGUGAAUGGCGAAGUAACUACACAAUUUCUGAAACUGGAGACUUUGCUUGAUGAUUGUGUUAACCAUGAAAUUGAGUUACAAAUUGAAAGAGGUGGCACAUCCUUGACCGUAAAAUUGGUGGUUCAGGAUUUACAUUCUAUAACUCCUGACUAUUUCUUAGAAGUAAGUGGUGCAGUGAUACAUCCUCUGUCUUACCAACAGGCUAGAAAUUUCCGUUUCCAGUGUGGUCUGGUGUACGUUUCAGAACCUGGAUAUAUGCUAUUUCGAGCUGGAGUUCCUCGCCAUGCAAUCAUCAAGAAGUUCGCUAAUGAGGAGAUAUCACAGCUUGAUGAACUAAUCUCUGCUCUGUCUAAGCUAUCUAGGGGUGCUAGAGUGCCAUUAGAAUACAUAAGCUACAUGGAUCGUCAUCGAAGGAAGUCUGUACUGGUUACAGUUGAUCGCCAUGAAUGGUAUGCCCCUCCACAGAUAUACACUCGUGAUGACAGCUACGGUUUGUGGACAGCAAAGCUUGCUAUUCAAUCCGAGUCCUGGAGACUAUCAUCUUCCAUUAAUGAUAUUGGACAAGGCCUAACUAGCCAAACUGUUUUGCUGGGUGGAGAAGUAACUCAGAUAGAAAACGUAAAUCAAGAGGACAACCCAGAAAUGGCUGAUGCUUUUACCACUAUAGAAACCAGUUCUGAACAUUCUUCUGGGGAACCACAUUCUCGGUAUGAAUCUGAUGUUGGAACAAAGAAACGAAGGGUAUCAGAUUUGUCUGCCAAUGGAACUGCUGUUGCUGAUGGUUCCAUACAACAUGAAACUGGAGAAUUGAAGUUGGAGAAUCCAAGUCUCAUGGAGAAUGAAGUUUUAAGAGAAUAUCAAGGUGCAAUAGCACCAGCAGUUAAUGCUUCGUUUGCAGAAAGUGUGAUAGAGCCCACACUUGUAUUGUUUGAGGUUCAUGUUCCACCAUCAAUUAUGAUUGAUGGUGUCCAUUCACAACAUUUCUUUGGGACUGGUGUUAUUAUAUAUCAUUCUCAAGAUAUGGGAUUGGUUGCAGUUGAUAGGAAUACAGUUGCAAUAUCUGCAUCAGAUGUGAUGCUGUCCUUUGCUGCUUUUCCCAUUGAAAUUCCUGGGGAGGUGGUUUUUCUUCAUCCUGUUCACAAUUAUGCUCUCAUUGCUUAUGACCCGUUGGCCCUAGGAGCUGCUGGUGCCUCAAUGGUUCGAGCUGCUGAAUUGCUACCUGAGCCGGCAUUGCGACGUGGGGAUUCGGUCUAUCUUGUGGGGCUAAGUAGAAGCCUGCAAGCAACAUCUAGGAAAUCCAUUGUAACCAACCCUUUUGCUGCCUUGAAUAUUGGCUCAGCUGAUUGCCCACGUUAUAGAGCAACAAAUAUGGAAGUCAUUGAACUUGAUACUGAUUUUGGGAGCACAUUCUCAGGUGUGCUAGCUGAUGAGCAUGGAAGGGUUCAAGCUAUCUGGGGAAGCUUUUCAACUCAGUUGAAAUAUGGUUUCAGUACCUCAGAAGAUCACCAAUUUGUUAGAGGGAUCCCCAUUUAUACAAUCAGUCAGGUUCUUGACAAAAUUGUACAUGGUGCAAAUGGCCCACCUCUUCUCAUAAAUUGUGUCAGAAGGCCAAUGCCACUUGUCAGAAUCUUGGAGGUUGAGCUUUAUCCUACUUUGCUUUCAAAGGCACGGAGUUUUGGUUUGAGCGAUAACUGGGUCCAAGCUCUGGUCAAGAAGGAUCCAGUUAGACGACAAGUUUUGCGUGUCAAAGGUUGCUUGGCUGGAUCAAAAGCUGAAAAUCUAUUAGAACAAGGGGACAUGGUUUUGGCAGUCAACAAAGACCCUGUAACUUGCUUCCGUGAUAUAGAAAAUGCUUGCCAAGCUUUAGAUAAGAGCAGCGACAGUGAAGGGAAACUUAGCAUGACCAUUUUUCGACAGGGACGUGAAAUUGAUCUUCUUGUGGGAACAGAUGUUAGGGAUGGGAAUGGUACAACACGUGUAAUAAAUUGGUGUGGUUGCAUUGUUCAGGAUCCUCAUCCAGCAGUUCGUGCUCUUGGGUUUCUUCCUGAGGAGGGUCAUGGUGUAUAUGUGGCUCGGUGGUGUCAUGGAAGUCCUGUGCACAGAUAUGGUCUUUAUGCUCUUCAAUGGAUAGUUGAAAUUAAUGGGAGAUCAACGCCUGAUUUAGAUGCUUUCAUUAAUGUGACAAAGGAAUUAGGGCAUGGGGAAUUUGUCCGUGUAAGGACCGUCCACUUGAAUGGGAAGCCUCGAGUCUUGACACUGAAGCAAGAUCUACAUUACUGGCCUACAUGGGAACUGAGAUUUGACCCCAAUACUGCAUUAUGGAGUAGGCAAACAAUCAAAGCUUUGGACUAAAAGUAGACAAUAAAGGAUUGCUCUAGUUGCGCCUGUUUAUUUUUGGAACAAGCUAUUGCUGAUUUUAAGAAUUUUCGGAGUAUCCAAAGCUGGGCAAUACAGGUUUAGGCUUCUGUUGGCUGUAUUUCUAGAGUUGGUGAUGUACCAUAUAGGUUUCACAUUUACAAUCACUGUUGACACAUAUUAGUAGUAGUAUAUGUUAAGAGUAUUGAAUGCUGAGGGGGAUAAUAGAGCUAGAGCAUUUAGGCCUUUUUUUUCAGAUAUAUUUGGUAGUGAGAAUAUGCAAGUUACGCCAAAGAUAUUUAGGGAACAUUUCUCAACAACCUUUAGUGUCUUGCGUUUGGUUUUCUGUAUGUUUUGGUUGUUACCUGAUACAAUUUAAUUUGAAGCUUAAAUAAAUAUUUGGUAAACUCAAAAUUCA